UAGUUGGUCUGAGGCGGGUUAUUUUGGGCAAGUCUGUGCGCAGAGGCACCUCAAACGGAGAGGGAGCGCACGGCACACAGACCAGACGCAGGGAGGAGAGAGAGAGAGAGAGGGAGAGGGAGAGAGAAAGAAAGACGCACAGAUUUCAGCGCCACUCACUUGGUUCUCUCGCACUCUGGAUGCGUGCAACAGAUCUGUAUGACGAGGAAGGACAGACAGAAACAUUUUCGGAUGUUGGUUUAUGGAAACUAGAGCAACUUAAAAGAGAUCUUUCAUAUAACAAUCGAAUGUUGUUUUCCUCUUCUGGCUCCAUGGAAAAGGCAAUGCAGCCGCUGAUUGAGGGGCUCACAGCAUCUACUUAGUUAAAACUGGAACUGACUUGACUGCAUUUUGGAGGUAUUUUUAGGGAUUUUUUUUUUUUAAUUUAUUUUUGUUUCCACAAAGAAGCAACCAGGAAAAAUGAAAGGACUCAUUUUAUUCACAAUGUGGAAAGUUCUGGCUGUUUUGUUCAUGGCAACACAAAACGCCAACGGGAAGACAUUAAAAUACCAGAUUUAUGAGGAGCAGAAGGUUGGUACGGUUAUAGCACGUCUGAAAGAAGAUGUUGCGGAUGUUCUAGCGAAACUUCCAAGCUCAGUGUCACUCCGCUUCAGAGCCAUGCAAAGAGGGAGCUCGUCUUUUCUCACAGUGCGCGAGCAGGACGGAGAAAUCAGCAUCAGGACCAAAAUUGACCGUGAGAAACUCUGUGAAAAGAAUCUCAACUGUUCUAUCCAGUUCGACGUACUGACACUACCUACUGAACACCUGCAGCUCUUUCAUGUGGAAGUGGAAGUGUUGGACAUCAACGACAACGCACCCCAGUUCGCUCGUGCCGUCAUCCCCAUAGAAAUCUCCGAGAGCGCGGCUGUGGGAGCGCGCAUUCCCCUGGACAGCGCCACAGACCCCGACGUCGGAGAGAACUCACUGUACACGUAUGCCUUAGAGCCCAACAAUUUCUUCAAGAUUGACAUCCAGUCCAGGAGUGAUGGGGUUAAGUACGCUGAGCUGGUGGUGCUCAGGGAGCUUGACCGGGAGGUGCGCUCCGGUUAUGAACUUCAAUACACAGCCUCUGAUAGGGGCGUUCCCCCAAGAACGGGUUCCACCCUCCUUAAAAUCAGUGUUACUGACUCUAAUGAUAAUAGCCCAGUUUUUGAGAAGUCUUCAUAUGUCAUAAAUCUACCAGAAAAUGCACCCAUUGGCUCUAUGCUCAUUGACUUGAAUGCAACUGAUGCGGAUGACGGCACUAACGCUAAAAUAGUCUACUCUUUUAGUAGUCAUGUCUCCCCCAAAAUAAUGGAGACCUUUAAAAUCAAUCCCGACAGUGGUCACCUGACCCUGAUCCGGCGCGUGGACUAUGAGACUAUUAACUCUUAUGACAUAGAUGUACAAGCGCAGGACAUGGGUCCAAACUCUAUGCCAGCUCACUGUAAGAUCCUGGUCAAAGUGGUAGAUGUGAACGACAAUAAGCCAGACAUCAGCAUCAAUCUCAUGUCCUCCCAGGGAAACGGGGAUGCAGCUUAUAUAUCUGAGGCUUCACCUUUGGACACAUUUGUAGCAUUGGUUAGGGUGGAGGACUUGGACUCUGGGUUGAAUGGAGAAGUAGAGUGUAAACUUCAUGGCCAGGGCUAUUUCAAACUGCAGAAGACUUAUGAGAACAACUACAUGAUUCUAACUAAUGUGACUCUGGACAGAGAGAAGAGGUCAGAGUUCAGCCUGACAGUGGUGGCAGAGGACCGGGGGACUCCCAGUCUCUCUACUGUUAAACAUUUCACUGUGCAUGUAACUGAUGAAAAUGAUAACCCUCCACGUUUUGAGAAAGGCCGCUAUGAGAUUUUUAAGUCAGAGAACAACGCCCCCGGAGCAUAUCUGACCUCCAUUAUGGCCACUGACCCCGACCUGGAUGCCAAUGGUCAGGUGAGCUACUCCAUCUUGGAGAAUUCUGUUCACGGGAGCUCCAUUUCCACCUACGUGACCAUUGACCCCUCGAAUGGCGCCAUCUAUGCACUACGUACAUUCGACCGAGAGGAUGUUAGUCGCAUCUCCUUCGUUGUGCAAGCCAAAGAUUCUGGAAAACCACCACUGCUCAGCAAUGCCACAGUUAUUUUGAACAUUCUGGAUGAGAAUGACAAUCCACCAAUCAUCGUUGUGCCCCAGCUGUGGAACUUCACAGCUGAUGUUCCUGCUUCAAAGUUCACAGAAGCAGGCCACUUAGUAACCGUGGUCAGGGCUACUGAUCGUGAUACAGGGGUCAAUGCAGAACUCAUUUGUUCCAUUGUCAGUGGCAAUGAGGAAGGUUUCUUCCUCAUUGACCCCAGAACAUGUGAAAUCCACGCCAACGCCAGCCUGGAGAACUUCCCCCAUGACCAUGCAGAGCUGACAGUGGUUGUUAGAGAUCAUGGAAGUGAGAGCCUCAGUGCUAAGGCAGUUCUAAAAAUCACCCUGUAUGAGAAUAUGGAGAACCAUGUCCAGGUAAUGGACCAGGGCGAAUCUUCCCUUGAUGUAUCACUGAUUAUCAUCAUCUCCCUGGGGGCCAUAUGUGCUGUCCUUCUGGUCAUCAUGGUGGUGUUUGCUGCUCGCUGUAAUCGGGAGAAGAAGGACACAAGGCACUCCUACAACUGCAGGGUGGCUGAGUCCACCCACCAGCACCAUCCGAAGAAGCCCGCACGCCAGAUCCACAAAGGCGACAUCACCCUGGUCCCCACGGUGAACGGCACCCUGCCAAUCAGAGCUCACCACCGCUCACCUUCGGCCACACCCCCCAUGGACCGGGCCCAGAUGGGGAGCCGGCAGAAUCACCACAGCCGCCAGUCUCUGAACAGCCUAGUGACCAUCUCGUCCAAUCACAUUCCAGAGAGCUUCGCCCUGGAACUGGCACAUGCAACUCCACCAGUGGAGCAAGUCUCACAGCUUCUGUCCAUGCUCCAUCAGGGCCAGUACCAGCCCAGACCCAGUUUCCGUGGCAACAAAUACUCCCGCAGCUACAGGUAUGCAUUACAAGACAUGGACAAGUUCAGCCUGAAGGACAGUGGCCGUGGGGACAGCGAGGCGGGGGACAGUGACUGUGAAAUGGGGCGGGAAUCCCCUGUGGACCGACUGCUGCUGGGGGAGGGCUUUCCUGACCUGAUACACCUCGAGAUGCACCAUCGACUCCACCCAGCUAUGAGACUGUGCACAGAUGAAUGUCGUGUCCUGGGACACUCAGACCAGUGCUGGAUGCCCCCUCUCUCCUUGCCUGCUUCCUCUUCUGACUACCGCAACAACAUGUACAUCCCCGGGGAGGAGUCCACCCAGCAGCAGCCCCAGCUGGAUGAUGACCAGUCUUCCGUUGACUCGGAGGGCCGCAAGAGUUUCUCCACUUUUGGCAAGGAGUCGGGGAAUGAAGAAGCAGGGGCCAGUGGAGUUGUUGCUGGAGGAGGAAAUGGUGAUGCAUGUGGAGCUGGAGGGGGAGGGGCUGGCUCCCUCCUCACAGAGAUGAACAGUGUGUUUCAGCGACUCCUCCCCCCUAAUAUGGACUCAUAUGCUGAAUGUAAUGAAACGAGCCCACCUGUGCCCUCAUCAACCAAUGAGAGGGGAAAUGGACGCAGUAACAACAUGGCGGGUAACCACAGUAACAGCGCUGUUCCACAGGACAGUCGGAGAGGGUUGUUACCAGGUGGGAAGGGUCCAGCUUACCCCCCAGGUGUGGCUGCGUGGGCGGCCAAUACUCACUAUCUAAAUCCGGGGAGUGGCUCAGUGGGGGCCAACCACAAUUCCUCCAAUUCUUCUUCUUCCUCAUCAUCUACCACCUCCACUUCGACCUCCUCCAACGGACAGCCACCACACCUCAAAUGGCUCCCAGCCAUGGAGGAAAUUCCAGAAAAUUAUGAGGAAGAUGACUUUGACGGGGUUUUCCAUCAGGGUGGCAAGCGCAGCGAGAGCCGCCACGAGCCUGGCAUGGACGCUAGUGAGCUGGUCCAUGAGAUCAACAAACUACUGCAAGAUGUCCGGCAGAACUAGGGAGGGUAAAAAAGACGACAUAGCAUGGUUUCACUGUGUGAUGAGAGCGGGGGGCAUCUCACUUAUUCUGGCAAAUGCUUGUUCUUUGUGCCAACAUAAACGUUUGCAAUGACUGUUUUAUUAUUCAUUGUAAUGCUCAUCUUGUUUAUUUUACCAAAACAGACUGGUAGAGAAAAGUAAAACACAGCGCUGAAGGCAUCAAAGCGAGUGCUCAAAAAACAAGAUUGUUCAGUUGUUAUUACAGUCUCUUGAAGAAAGUGGCUUGAAUGAGUGAUUUCAAACGGAAAUCCAUCAAGAAAACUGUACCCUUUCUUCAUUCAUAAUGUUUACAACUGUGUGAGCAGAUUCCGCAGGGAGAAACUAACAGUUGUGUGAUCUAAUUUUUGCUUUUACAGUGUACAG